CGAUGCCACAAUGAGCACAUUCCUAGAUUUUACGACUAUAAGUAGUGGAGACGGAGGUGGCGGGGGAUCCUGCUCAGUUAGAGCGUUUCAUGGCGACCACGGACUUUCAACAUUACAGUCGUGUGCUGUCAGGGUAAAUAACUGCACGGGGGACGAGCGAUUCAUGUCUAGUAGAUCAUCACAAGACGCCAUUCCCCCUCAUCCACAUCAAGCCGGGACUUACCAGUCCCCCGGGACUCUUUCCAUCACCUACAGCGCCCAUCCUAGUUACGGAACUCAAAGUUUUUGCGCCGGGUACAAUCACUAUGCCCUAAAUCAGGAUGUAGAGUCGUCUGUGGGCUUUCCCCAGUGCGGCCCAUUAGUUUACUCUGGAAAUAUUUCAUCUACAGUUGUGCAGCACCGUAACCAUCGCCAUGGUUACAGCAGCGGAAACGCGCACCUGAAUGGUCAAUUCCAGUACGCCACAGCCACAUAUGGUAAUAUUUCGGAUCAAGGGAGCCUUACGUUUGUGGCGGGCUGCUCAAAUCCGUUAUCCCCUCUUCAUGUGACCCAUCACGACGCAUGCUGUUCACCUUUGUCAGAGGGCGCGUCCACAGGGCAGACUUUUGACUGGAUGAAAGUUAAACGGAACCCACCAAAAACAGGGAAAGCUGGAGAGUAUGGAUAUGGAGGGCAGCCAAACACAGUGCGCACUAAUUUUACCACAAAGCAACUGACAGAGCUUGAAAAAGAAUUUCAUUUCAACAAGUACCUGACACGCGCGAGGAGAGUGGAGAUUGCAGCAGCGCUUCAACUAAACGAAACUCAGGUAAAGAUUUGGUUCCAAAAUCGUCGUAUGAAGCAGAAGAAACGUGAAAAGGAAGGUUUGAUGCCCAAAUCUCCGUCCGAACCGAAGGAUGGUCCUGAAAAACCUGAGGACGCCUCCGAAAAGUCGCUCUCAGCACCAUCGACGCCAUCCCCAGCUUCCUCCACCCUUGAUCCUUACUCCUCAAACUAGAAGGCUUGCCAUACUGUUAAUGAGGAUGCAGAACAAUCAGUGACUCUCGUGUCAAACUUACUGUCAAAGUCAUCACGUCUAUAAAUGGACAGGUGUGAAAGUGUCACAUAUAGAGAACAAUGCACUAUUUAGAGAUUGUAUUGACCUGUACAAUUUUGACAGCUCGGUGUAUUUUAUCUGUACUUUGCGUUUUUGUCUUAUAAUUUAUUUUCUUUGGCACUUUGUCAAGCGACCAGAUAGAACACGUUUUUACAAGUGGCUUGUGCAUUUUCGUGCACAGUUAUAGCAAACGCUGCACUUUUACACACCUUUGCUAGGUCGGACCUGUAAACCACUUGUCAAAAUGCCUACCUCAUGAACCUGAUGACAGUGCAAUAUAUUUAUGGUAUGUGUGAAUUUAAGAGAAAGAAUAAUUUAUUGUCGUAAGUCUUGUCGAAAGAUACCAAAUCAGAUUAUUGCAUUCAUACGAGUUUAACAUAAUGCGCAACUCUAUAAAGUUUUCGACCGGUCACACUGAGUUUUAUCAGUCGGAGAUGAUAGGUCAAGCCUUUCUCGCUUACCAUGCUUUAGAAAAAGAUCAUGACACGGGUGAAUUAUAUGUGUGUAUUAAAAUAGUUUACAAGUGCAAUUUAUUUGAAUGCUUGU